AUGAAUAAUCAACGGGAAAAGACUAUUCCCAACACUCCUCAGGAUUACGUUGACCUUUACGAGAAGUGUUGGUCUAAUAGUCCAGAUCAACGUCCAACAUUAUCUAAAAUUUUGAAACAGCUUACGAAACUUGUAAAUCAUAUUAGCAAUAUUAAUGCAAUCAUUGUUAACGAUGAUCAUUACACAAUUACGUUCGUAGACUUGGAUAAAUCGUCAAAUUUGAAAGAAGUUCGUCGGCAUCUAUCAAAAGAAAAAGAUUUAAUGUUGGGUCGACAAAAUGUCUAUUUUUACAAUCGACGUAUGGAAAAAAUAUCACGAGACCAUGAAAAUAAUUAUACACUUGAAGAUAUUUUGAUGCCAGAUGGUUCUGAUUUUUCGUUUUAUAUAGAAAGUGACCUUUCAAAACCAAGUUUUCCAAAAAUCGUGCAACUACUUAGCCUAGAUAGAGGGCGGAUAUUUGAUAACAGGAGUAUAAAGACAGCAAGCAAACAGGCAGGCAUCGUUAAAGAUCCUAAAGAGAAAGAUAUUAAUAUGCAAAAAGAAUACAUUAAUACAGGAGAGGGAAAAAAAAUAUAUUAUCAGAUAGGUAAUAUUCGUCUAUUGCAAAGAGAAUUGCAGGUUAGUGAAGAAUAUAUUAAAGCAAUCAAAGCUGCACUGGAUGAUAAUAAAAGUGUUGAAGAGCAAAGAGAAGCUUUGAAUAAAGUUGGAAAAGAAUAUGGUUACUUCUGGUAA